AUGACUCCCGAUUCCUCCAAGCAAGAAAACCAGCUGCUCGAGGAAAGGUCGACUAAGACGGCGACUAGGCUAGAGCACCUGCACGAUACAAUCCAUGCGCUCGAGAGACAAAGCAGCCAGGCGAUUCAGCAAGAGGACGAGGCAGACGCUCGUGUUGCCGAAGUCGAGGAGUACAACAGAACUCUGUUGCUCGACUUUAAGAACAUGCAUGCUCAGGAGCCUCGUGAAGUUGAAGAGCCCCACAUCUGCAAGCCAAACGAAGUGAGAAACCUUUACCAGGCUUUUCAGAUGUCUCAACUCAAAUGCGCCGAACUCGUCGCAGCGAACGAAAUAUUUCUCAAAGCGGUCGACGACCGGAAUUAA